CCGGUUGAUGUGGCAUGUCUGCGACGUGGAUUGUUUGGUUCUUGGACUUCGUUGGUGCUUUAGGUUUUGUUUGUUUUUAAUGUGAAUUUUGGAACGAACUAGGAAUUUUCGUCGGAUGUUCUUUUGCGGAUAGCGGGGAAAUAAUAAAUAAAAGUUAAGAUGGGUCGUUCAGGAUUCCUUCGAAUGUCUCUUGAUAAGCAAGACACUUUGCUGAAGAUGAUGGUACUGGCAGUAUGUUGUAUUUUAUCAUUUUCUGUCAGACUGUUCUCUGUUCUUCGUUUUGAGUCUGUUAUUCACGAAUUUGAUCCGUACUUCAACUAUCGAACAACAAGGUAUUUGACAGAAGAAGGUUUCUACAAGUUCCAUAACUGGUUUGACGAUACGGCCUGGUAUCCUCUUGGAAGGAUUAUCGGUGGAACCAUAUAUCCUGGUCUUAUGGUGACAUCAGCUGCCCUUUAUCACGCUCUGAAUUUCUUCCAUAUCACGAUUGAUAUCAGAAACGUGUGUGUGUUUCUGGCACCUCUCUUCUCAUCUUUCACCACCAUAGUAACUUACCAUCUCACGAAGGAACUUGCAAACCCAGGGGCUGGGUUGGCCGCAGCUGCUUUUGUCUCGGUAGUUCCGGGUUAUAUCUCAAGAUCUGUAGCAGGUUCUUAUGAUAAUGAAGGAAUUGCUAUAUUCUGUAUGUUGUUCACUUAUUUCCUCUGGAUAAAAGCAGUCAAGACUGGAAGCGUGUUCUGGGGAAUCUUGUGCUCUCUUGCAUAUUUUUACAUGGUAUCGUCGUGGGGAGGCUACGUUUUCCUGAUCAACUUGAUACCCAUCCAUGUGUUGGUUUGUAUAAUAACUGGAAGGUUUUCUCAUCGAAUGUAUGUUGCUUAUACAACUGUGUAUUGUGUCGGAACUAUUCUGUCAAUGCAAAUCUCAUUCGUAGGGUUUAUGCCCGUACAAACAUCUGAACACAUGGGGGCAUUGGGAGUCUUUGGAUUAUGUCAGAUCGUAGCAUUCGUAACGUACGUCCGCAGCAGGCUUUCAACAGCACAAUUUGAAGUCUUAUGGCGAUUCAUGGUUUAUUUGAUCGGUACUGUUGUAGCUGGCAUUGUUGCUUUCUUGACAUUGGCAGGCAAAGUUGCUCCCUGGACCGGCAGGUUCUACUCCCUCCUGGAUCCAAGUUACGCGAAGAAUAAUAUUCCAAUCAUUGCAUCAGUCUCUGAACAUCAACCGACAGCCUGGUCUUCCUUCUACUUUGAUUUACAAUUGCUGGUAUUUUUCUUCCCCGUUGGAUUGUACGUUUGCUUCAAGAAAUUGACAGAUCACAAUAUUUUCAUCAUCAUGUAUGGAAUAACAAGCAUGUACUUUGCUGCUGUCAUGGUUCGUCUUAUGUUAGUUCUGGCACCAGUGAUGUGUAUUCUUGCUGGUAUUGGAGCCAAUCAUAUUUUAUGUGCCUACAUGAAAAAUCUUGAUUCUGUGCAAGCAAAGGAGAAGAAAGCUAAGAAGCCAGAUUCUACUUAUCCUAUCAAGAAUGAGAUUGCAACUGGCGUAGUCUUCAUGAUGACAUUAUUCCUAUCAAUGUACGCAUUGCACUCGGUGUGGGUGACAUCUGAAGCCUACUCUUCCCCGUCUAUUGUACUUUCUGCAAAAGGUCAUGACGGGGGUCGUGUGAUAUUUGAUGACUUCCGAGAAGCUUAUUACUGGCUGAGACAUAACACUCCUGAGGAUGCAAAAGUGAUGUCAUGGUGGGAUUAUGGAUACCAGAUAACAGCGAUGGCGAACCGGACAAUUCUUGUUGAUAAUAACACAUGGAAUAACACACAUAUAUCAAGAGUAGGACAGGCUAUGGCAUCCACAGAGGAACAUGCCUAUGAAAUCAUGAGAGAGUUGGAUGUGAAUUACGUGCUGGUUAUAUUUGGUGGAUUGACUGGAUACUCUUCUGAUGAUAUCAAUAAAUUCUUGUGGAUGGUUCGUAUUGGGGGUUCAACAGAUCGUGGGGCUCACAUAAAGGAAUCUGAUUACUACACCCCUACAGGUGAAUUCCGUGUUGAUUCUGAAGGAUCUCCUACUCUCCUCAACUGCUUGAUGUACAAGAUGUGUUAUUACAGAUUUGGACAAGUCUAUACAGAGCAGAGCAAACCAACUGGUUACGACAGGGUGAGAAAUGCAGAGAUUGGCAACAAGGAUUUUGAACUUGACGUUUUAGAAGAAGCAUAUACUACAGAACAUUGGAUUGUCAGAAUAUAUAAGGUUAAAGAUCUUGAAAAUAGAGGCAACAGUAGAACAUAAUACAGUCACAUGAAGCAGCACUUUUUUGAAGCAUGAAUAACGAAUCAAAUUUCUUCCAACUGAGAAAAACAUUUAAUUUCAAACAUAAAAGAUUAGUUUACAUUCUAUAUCACGGCAAGAGUGUUUUUGAGCAUAUACAGCAGCAUGUAUGUAAUAUCAUUCGGAAUUAUUUUUUAAGAUACUUGAUAGGCCUGGUUUGAUUAGGGCAAAUGUUUUCAUUUAGAGUCUUUAUUAUUAGUAUACAUAAGGCUACAUUGGGUAAUUUCCUAUUUUGUGAAAUACCGGCCUUUUAUGUGCUUACUUUAAUUGGGGGAUAAACUGUUUUUUGAUUUUUAUAUUCAAGUGAAAAAAUGAUUAUAAAUUGAAGCAACUGUUUUUUUUUCUGGUGCCUUUUUUCCUAACCCCAUUCCCCAUCAGACCUAAUAACUUAUUAUAUAAUUUGAUGUGAAAAGUUGGACAAUUUUUUGCAUAUAAAUUCGAUGUCAUCUCAACAAAAUAUUCAUUAACUAGAUAAUUUAUUUUAUCUUGUUAAGAAAAAUUAUAACACACUUGUCAGGAAUAAGCAAAGUUGCCAAAAUUUCAAUCGUUUAAGAAUUUAAAUAGUUUAAAGGAGAGAUAUGAAAGCCCUACUUGAGAAAUCUCCCAUUGUGACAUAGAAUAUAAGUGAUAUGUUAUUUGUUUUGUCGAAAGCAUUCCUAAAAAUCUUUUCAGCUCCCUUCAUUUACCAUUUCAUAAAUGUAGCAAAAAAAUCUGAAGCAAAUUCUGUUAUGGAAGCAACCUUAAAAGUUUCAUUUAUUAUUUUUUAAGUUCAAAAGGUCAAUAAUUACCAUUUAUUAUUUAACAGUUUCAACAACCAACAUUUUUUUGCAGUGUUUGGUAUAAGUCCAAGUAUUUCUGGGUUCAAAUCUUAGGCUUUCUAUAAGUCUCGCGAGUGUGACGUCUGAGUUAUGUCUCUCCAACACUGGUAGUUAGUCUUUUGACUAGGUCUUGGAAUUUUGAAAUCAUUUUUCUCUGGGGUUGAAUUUUUUGUGUUUUCUCUUGUGGGGAAAAGAAUCCCUAUAGGACGGUGUCUCUAUAUUUAGUAAUUACUUGAUUAUGUGUAUGCUCGGUUGGAAGUGUUUCAAAUUUAAGAUAUUUUCACACUCUGUUAUAUCUUCUAUGCCGAUGAACUCUCCUUUGUGCUGUAUUGUUGUAAAAUUAUGAGAAAGUUUUGCAAAUGUUCCUAAAUAAAAUCAAAGAUUCCUGUUU